GUGAAACCUUCUCUCUGCCCAGAGCUCAGGACCAAUGCAUCCCACCACCUUAAACCACUGAGCAGUCCGGAGCCCCCGUAGCGGAAGACUUGUCCUGUUGCCAUCAUGAGCUCUGAAUGUGACGUUGGUGCUUCUAAAGCCGUGGUCAACGGGUUGGCGCCAGGCAGCAAUGGGCAGGACAAAGCAACUGCCGACCCUUUACGUGCACGCUCUAUUUCUGCUGUUAAAAUAAUUCCCGUGAAGACAGUGAAAAGCUCUUCAGGCCUGGUACUCCCUCCAGACAUGGAUCCUACGAAAAUCUGCACUGGGAAGGGAGCGGUGACUCUCCGGGCCUCAUCUUCCUACAGGGAAAUCCCGAGCAGCGGCCCCAUGAGCCCUCAGGAAACCCCGCAGCAUGAAAGCAAACCAGAUGAGUGGAGGCUUUCUUCCAGUGCUGAUGCCAAUGGAAACGCCCAGCCCUCCUCACUUGCUGCCAAGGGCUACAGAAGCGUGCAUCCCAACCUUCCUGCCGACAAGCCCCAGGAUUCAGGUCCUCUACUAAAUGAAGUUUCUUCAUCCCACCUUGGAACUGAUCCCCAAAUCUCUGCACCAGUUAGCAAGCCAUCAUCUGCCUACCCCUCUACGACAAUUGUCAAUCCUACUAUUGUACUCUUGCAACACAAUCGAGAACAGCAAAAACGACUCAGUAGCCUUUCAGAUCCUGUCUCAGAAAGAAGAGUGGGAGAGCAGGACUUGGCACCAACCCAGGAGAAACCCACCUCGCCUGGAGGGGCUACUGAGAAAAAGGCGAAGGAUGACAGUAGGCGGGUGGCUAGGAGCGCUCAGGACCUGAGCGAUGUUUCCAUGGAUGAAGUGGGCAUCCCACUCCGGAACACCGAGAGAUCAAAAGACUGGUACAAGACCAUGUUUAAACAGAUCCACAAACUAAACAGAGAUGAAGAUUCAGAUCUAUACUCACCUCGGUACUCCUUUUCUGAAGACACAAAAUCUCCCCUUUCUGUGCCUCGCUCAAAAAGUGAGAUGAGCUACAUCGAUGGUGAGAAGGUGGUUAAGAGGUCGGCCACACUUCCCCUCCCAGCCCGCUCUUCCUCACUAAAAUCAAGCCCAGAAAGAAACGACUGGGAGCCCCCAGAUAAGAAAGUGGAUACAAGGAAAUACCGUGCAGAGCCCAAAAGCAUUUACGACUAUCAGCCGGGCAAGUCUUCUGUUCUGACCAACGAAAAGAUGAGUCGGGAUAUAAGCCCAGAAGAGAUAGAUUUAAAGAAUGAACCUUGGUAUAAAUUCUUUUCGGAAUUGGAGUUUGGGAAACCGCCUCCCAAAAAGAUAUGGGAUUAUACUCCUGGAGACUGCUCUAUCCUUCCUAGAGAGGAUAGAAAGACUAAUCUAGAAAAAGAUCUCAGCCUCUGCUCAGCAGAGUUAGAGGCACGCUUAGGAAACACGGAGACGCUUAAUAAAGCACCCAGUGCACACCCGUCCCAGAGCUCAGCAGUCAGCCCCAGCCCGGAAAUUUCUUCAGAGCUUCCUGGAUAUAUCUAUUCUUCCAACUUCCACGCAGUGAAGAGGGAAUCAGACGGGGCUCCCGGGGAUCUCGCUAGUUUGGAGAACGAGAGGCAGAUUUACAAAAGCGUCUUGGAAGGUGGAGACAUCCCUCUCCAGGGCCUGAGUGGGCUCAAGCGACCCUCCAGCUCAGCCUCCACUAAAGUGGAUCGUAAAGGUGGGAAUGCUCACAUGAUUUCUUCAUCUUCAGUUCCUAGCCGAACGGUUAGCACUAGCAAUGCAUUAGGCCCCGUGUGUAAGCACAAGAAACCCCUGUCCGCUGCAAAAGCCUGCAUUUCGGAAAUCCUUCCCUCCAAAUUCAAACCCAGGCUCUCUGCUCCCAGCGCUCUUUUGCAGGAACAGAAGAGUGUCUUAUUGCCGGCAGAAAAGGCUCAGAGCUGUGAGAACCUUUGUGUUUCAUUGUCUUUGAAUGAUUCCAAAAGAGGUCUCCCCCUCCGAGUGGGGGGAAGCAUCGAGAACCUGCUCACGCGCUCCCGGCGGGAGUGGGACAGCAAGUCGAGCAGCACUGUGAGCCUCCAGGAGUGCGGCACCAGUGCCAGGAGGCCCUGCCCUCUCUCCAGAAAGGCCGGGAUGCAGUUCACCAUGUUCUACCGGGACAUGCACCAGAUCAACCGAGCUGGCCUCUUCCUGGGCUCCCUCUCCUCCUCGAGUGUGCGAGAUCUUGCCUCCCACUUCGAAAGGAGCAGCCUGGCAUUGGCCAGGGGCGAGCUGGGCCCCAGCCAGGAGGGCUCGGAGCACAUCCCCAAGCACACCGUCUCCUCCCGCAUCACAGCGUUUGAGCAGCUGAUUCAGCGGUCCCGGUCCAUGCCGUCCCUGGACCUGUCCGGGAGGCUGAGCAAGUCCCCCAUGCCUGUGCUGUCCCGGUGUGGCCUGACCUCAGCCCGCUCGGCUGAGUCCCUCCUGGAGUCAACCAAGCUGCGGCCCCGGGAGAUGGACGGGAUGAACCCGGGGGGGCUCUACGCCGCCCCGACGUGUAGCAACAUGGCCGAACCCACCUUGGGCUUCAGGGGCCUUGUGCCUUCUGAGCCCCUCUCUGCCUGCUCUGACGAGCUGGACCACUGUUCAAACAUCUCCAGCGACAGCAGGGAGGGCAGCAGCAGCAGUGUCCACGGAGACUUUCCCAAGCACCGCCUCCCCAAGUGCAAGGGCACCUGCCCGGCCUCGUACACCCGCUUCACCACCAUCCGGAAGCACGAGCAGCGGCAGACGUCCAGGCAGCCCGACUGGCGCCCAGAUCUCAGGGGGGACAGGAGCACUCUCCUCAGGAACAUCUACCUAAUGAGCCCCCUCCCUUUCCGGUUGAAAAAGCCCCUCCAGUACCACCCCAGGCAGCCUCCCCCUGGUGACUUCUCAGCCCCCCUGGCCGGCCAGAAACCAGACCUGCCCAGCCAGCCCCAUCAGGACGAGACCCCCUCUGAGGGGAAGCCCUCGGUUCCCAGACGCCUGUCUUCCCGACACACCAUGGCGAGGCUGAGCCGGAUCUCGGAGCCCCCUCAGGGGAGACCCGCAGUCCCAGAGGACUGCCUGAGGGCCUUUCAUAAUGGCAACUCCAUGCCGUACUCAGACCCUGGCCUGGACAGGAACAACAACCCACACAGUGAACUGGGAACAUCCCUCGGAGAUUCAGAAUCACCAAGACAUUUUAUACCUGCUGAUUAUUUGGAAUCCACGGAAGAAUUUAUUCGGAGGCGUCAUGAUGAUAAAGAGAAACUUUUAGCGGACCAGAGACGACUUAAGCGUGAGCAAGAAGAGGCCGAUAUUGCAGCUCGUCGCCACACGGGCGUCAUUCCGACGCACCAUCAGUUUAUCACUAACGAGCGCUUUGGGGACCUCCUCAAUAUAGACGAUACGGCCAAAAGGAAAUCUGGGUCAGAGAUGAGACCUGCCAGAGCCAAAUUUGACUUUAAGGCUCAGACUCUAAAGGAGCUUCCUCUGCAGAAGGGGGACGUUGUGUACAUCUACAAGCAGAUUGAUCAGAACUGGUAUGAAGGAGAGCAUCACGGCCGGGUGGGGAUCUUCCCGCGCACCUACAUCGAGCUUCUUCCUCCCGCUGAGAAGGCUCAGCCCAAGAAGUUGGCAUCGGUGCAGGUCUUGGAAUAUGGAGAAGCUAUCGCUAAGUUCAACUUUAAUGGUGAUACGCAAGUAGAAAUGUCCUUCAGGAAGGGUGAGAGGAUCAUGCUGCUCCGACAGGUGGACGAGAACUGGUACGAAGGAAGGAUCCCAGGGACGUCCCGGCAAGGCAUCUUCCCCAUCACCUACGUGGACGUGAUCAAGCGGCCCCUGGUGAAAAGCCCCGUGGACUACAUCGACCUGCCUUUCUCCUCCUCCCCAAGUCGUAGUGGCACCGUGAGCCCACAGUUUGCCAGUCACAGCAAGCUCAUCAUGCCAGCCCCCUCAUCCCUGCCCCACUCCCAUCGAGCCCUGUCCCCCGAGAUGCACGCUGUCACCUCUGAGUGGAUCUCCCUGACUGUUGGGGUCCCAGGCAGGCGGCCUCUGGCCCUGACCCCACCCCUGCCUCCUCUGCCGGAGACUUCUGUCUAUGACACCGACCACCUCGCCUCGUGGGCGAGGCCCGGUUCCUCUCUGCCUCUCAGCCUUCCCCAUUCGAGCUGGUCUGAUCUUUCCACCCCACGCUCGAUGGCUUCUCCACUGGCCCUGCCUCCCCCCCACAAAGCUGCCUCCUUGGCACGCGGUGCCCCCGCCUCCCUUCAUGUCAACGGGGACAGUGGUGUCCACGUGCCACCGCCAGGUGUCCGCCAGGAUAGCUUCUCGCAGCUGCUGCCGGGGAGCUCUGAUAGGGUCAUCUCGGAGCUCAGCAACGCCUUUAGCAGCCAGGGUAAGCGGCCCCCAAGGCGAGAAGAGCGCGGACAGUGUGAGAGGAGAGCAGAGCGGGAGGCAGGUGAGAGAUGCCCCGGAGCACCCAAGAUCUCUAAGAAGAGCUGCUUGAGACCUUCAGACGUGGUCAGGUGCCUGAGCUCGGAACAGAGACUCUCAGAUCUCCACGCGCCCGAGGAGAGCCGGCCCGGCAGGCCCCCGGGUAGCCCUUUGCCGGGAAGGGAGGCUGAGCAGACAGACCUGCAUAGAGGUGGCGAGCAGGCUAAGAGGAGGGCCGUUCGGAGUGCUGUAAGCCAGCAACCUCAAGCCCAGCAGCGAAGAGUCACUCCAGACAGGAGUCAAACCUCACAAGAUAUAUUUAGCUACCAAGCAUUAUAUAGCUAUAUACCACAGAAUGAUGAUGAAUUGGAACUCCGAGAUGGAGAUAUUGUCGAUGUCAUGGAAAAAUGUGAUGACGGAUGGUUCGUUGGUACUUCAAGAAGGACAAGGCAAUUUGGUACUUUUCCAGGCAACUAUGUAAAGCCUUUGUAUCUAUAAGAAGAUUGAAAACCAGAGAUUAUUUUUAUUGGAGGAUGAAGCGUAAUUCAUGAACUGGACUCUUUAUUUAAACAUUGAGUCAGUAGGAAAACUAAUGCAGUGGAUAAAGUAAGAAGCAAAACAGAGGGACAGAGAAGUGUUGUGUCUAAAGCCUGAGCCUGUCUACGCUUGCUGUGUAUCAGGCAAGCCGAACUGAGGAAAAAGGAAUGAGGCAAAUCUGUAUUUACUUAGCUGCUUCUGGGAGCCACUCCAAGCCUUCCCAGCCUUUCCCCUUCUUGGGUAAUCUGACCUGUAACACAGUCCAGGAUCAGUGAGGUCAGAAAUGUCUCUUGCUGCCCAGGCCUUGACCAGCUCUGGCUCAAAGCGGUCAUUUAGCCAGAAGCAGCCCUCGGAGCACCAGGCAGAUCCCCAGCCAUUCUCCAAAGGCUCUGCACCCCGGCCACCCCAGAGCCCACCGUUUUCCCAACAUUGCUGGAGAUCUGCCUGGGAUGCCGAGGCCAUCCCUGGACAGUGGCGGGGGCCCCCCAGGCUAUCCAAGACCAUGUGCCUCACUCCUGGGGUACGUGGAGAAAUGGAAGCAGAAUGGAGCUGCCCUGUGCAGUCAGCCUGCGUGCAGCAUUGCCCUCCACGCCCCUGGUGUUCAGACAGAAAAGCACAUGAGGUUUGCCUGUGGGCGUGGGGUGCCCAGGUCAGGUAGUUAAAUUUGUGUUUCCAAGUGAUGAAGUGAAGAAGUUCUGUAGCUGUCAAGGUCACUUGCAGUGUGGUCCUUUCCCAUAUCACUGACUUUUGUAAGUGGUCACCUUCGGCACAAUUUCAUUUACCAGAAUGCCAGUGCUAAGCUUUCUUUUCUGGAUUGUUUCUGGCCAGGGCAGUGUGAGGUCGCUAGGCCUGUUCUCACAGAGAACCAAGGAUGGCGUUCAGUGAAUCAUUUAAUAGACACUGAUGCACACUGGAUGCCGGGGCGACCGGUGAGCAGGACGGGCUCCACACCGUAGGCCCACCGCGUCCUCAUUUUUACUCCCCGAAGUAGUUCAGGGACCACCCACAAGGUGGUGGCCCAGGGUCCGGAAUCCCGACGCACCCUGGUGAGGCCUCGCUUCAGAGCAGAAGGCACACAGGCAGCAGCCCCACGUGCGAGGCAGCGGGAGGCCUGCCCUCUGUGGGGCCACGUGUGAGGAGGGAGGCCCCUGUGACGCCUGGGGUGCUCGGUCACAGCUCCAUCCAAUUUGAGGAUGUUCAUCAGCCCCUCUGGUAGGCCCCUUGAAGAAAUAGGGACUGGCCCACCUGCCUGCCGGGAACUCAGAGGUGACGGGAGGGGCAGACACACAGGAAUAUUGGGUCCAGAGAGACUGUGAUAUGUGCUAAGAAGGGUAUGAGAGAGAUGGAGGUGAUCUUUCCCUGGAGAGACUCUAGAAAGCAUUGUCGUAUUUCUCUCUCCAUUCGCUCACUCUUGAACAAUGAGGCUGCUAGAAGAACCUUUGUGCGAGGGUAGUUUAUGGCUGGAAGUUCUUGGAACUGUUUCCAGAGUCUUCAAACUCUCAUCCUCCCCACAAGUACACAUCCCAGGUCACAAAUAGAAGCAGCGAUUCUAGGUAGGUAAGGAGUAUACAGGAACCCUGGCGCUCUGCAUGUAGCUCAGAAUUGCCGGCGGACCAUUGUCCCAAAGUCUGGAGUCUUUACAAGUAGGCGGAGUUUGUCUUCAGUGCCUCUGCCUCGCCCUCUGUCUCUACCACCCACCUGCCACCCAUCAGCUGUGCACCCCCCCUUUUCCCCAUCAGACAGCCUCAUUCUCUCCCUGUCCUUCUUUCAAGUCCCGGUCUCAGGAAGGAAACUGCUGCUUACUCCUUCACACUAGAGUGCAAAUGACUGAUAAGAGGAAUGUGUUAGCUUCUUCCCAGAGACAUUUGUUUUUAACUAGAACAGAGCAGAGCCUUAACCCCAAGGAGUGAGGCUGUGGAACUAACGGUGGGGGUAGGGGGUGCCGGUGGUGGAGGAGGAGGAGCUUCCUGGGUAGAAGGAGCCUUCCCGAUAGUCUUUGAAUCAGACUCCUUGCUGUGGAAGGUCCACUUCACCAUCCGAGGGUGCCAUUUGUCUCUCUCCGAGGGCAUACCUCUCUCCGAGGGUUCAAGUGCUUAUGCACGUGCGUUUUGCACGACAGCACUUCACUCGCUUUUGGAAUGUUAACUCCUGUAUUGGCAGACAUGUUUCCUGGUCUGUCUUAGAUGCAGACAAUUAAUAACGAUCUUACUCUUAAUAGUUUUUUUUGAGGGGUCCUUCUUGAUUAAGUAGGUAAUUUUGAACACCCCUUUAAAUACAGCUAGAAAAUAAAACCAAUCUGUAAAGCCGCAUUUGCAUAUGAUGCCAGCCUCACGCAUUUGUAGAUCCCCAGAAACCCAGGUAUGCCUCACCGAUUUGCCCGUCUUUAACAAAAUCAUGUUAAAAUUUGCAAAAUUUGCAUCGAACUUCGGCUUCCUAUGUAUGACAAGACAAGGAACAAAGGUUUCCAAUUGCUCUUUUGUCCUCAGACAUUUAGUAAUAUAAAAUACCUAUUUUUAUGCUGAAAUAUUUAUACAAGUUUAUUAAUAGCAAGUGCAACUAACUGGCACCAUGCCUUGCAACACAUUUUGAUAUACUCGCCAUGCUUCUGGGUAAAGGCAAGCCCCCAACUACUUAUCUUUUGCAGUCUCUCUCGGAUCAGUAAAAGAAAAAAAAUCAUAUGCGUAAGAAGUAGGACUGUAAAUAUGUAUAUUUAACUUUGUAUAGCCCAUGUACCUACUUUGUAUAGAAAAAUAAUUUUAAAAAUUUGAACUGAAGGGGGGUAAAAUGAGGAAGUCAUGAAGUUUUUUGCAUUUUUAUUUAAAUGAAGGAAUUCCAGAUAACUCACCUGCAGAUUUUUAGCACAAAAAUAGCCAUUGUAAAGUGUUAAAAUUUCAAAUAAUCAUUCUUUCUGGGAGAGAAGGUAAUUGUUAUCUCAGUUAUAUAGGUUUUUUUAAUUUUGUUUUUGAUUUUUUUUUUUGCAGUCCUAUUUAUCUACAGUAGGUAUUAAGUUCUUUUGCUAGAAUAGGUUACUACAGAGAAGAUUAUAUUCUGAAAGAAAAAUAACUGACAUUAUAUAUAUAACCAAUUAAUUUAAAGUGUUGCCAUUUUAAUUACACCUGGAGAGCAUGUACUAUGCCGACACAGAUUGUUCUGUUCAUUUAUUUUUCUUUAUUGCGGUGGAUUGAUUUGAUAAAUGGAUGUGUUGAGUUACUACAUUUGCUGUACAUAUUAUUUAAUAAACUUUAUUCAGAAUUG